AUUUUGGGACUCAUGAUCCUUACCGACUUCCAUGUGGAUUCAAGCUGAAAUCAAACAAAAAAGAUGAAUCGCGAGAGCUAAAGUUAUCAUAAGCACACCAGGUGGAAACUAUCUUACAUUGGACGUAUUUGGCCAAAAUGUAGCAGCAAUUGCUGAAAUAGAUGAAGCCGAAGUCACUGCUGACAACCUAAUCUCUGCACAGCCCUUCUCAUGUUCUUAUAAUGGUACUGUCAUGAACUCAGUUACGCGACCUUGAUAACUACCAGUGCGAAUAGUCUGCAGGAGGGCUGACAGUGACGACAUUGGACUGCAUCUCAAGAUCCUGUCCCUCCUCGAGAACCCGGCCGUCAUCGUGGCAGCUGCAUGCUGCAGCCGGAGAUGCCAACACUCUCAGAGAGUUCCUACGCAAACAUCCCACAGAGGUGAACACCAAGGCAGCUGGCAAGGCAGCCAUCCACUGUGCCUGUGCAGCUGGCAAUGUGGACGUGCUCAAGGUCAUCAUGGAGUUCGCCCCCAAUGUGGAAGUGGGGGCUGCUCGUAUUGGGUUCCUACCAGCUGUGGAGCACUUCAACCGUCGGUUUGUGGAGCACAUCAACCUGCUCAAGGACGACGGGUACACUCCCCUCCACCUGGCAGCACUCAAUGAUCACCUGGACGUUAUCACUGCCUUCGCUAAAGUGGUGCAGUGUGACCUCAAUGCUAAGACCAACCAAGGUCAGACAGCACUUCAUCUUGCUGUCCACCAAGGUCACGCUCGUAUCAUCGAGAGACUGGUGGGGUUCGGGGUAGACAUGAAUAUUCUAGACAGUGAUGGAGACACAGCUCUUCACAUGGCCGUGGUCAAGGAGACAGUGGACAACCUCACACAAGAGACUCCUCAACUCAAGAAGGUGAAAGACAGGUUGCCUGGUCAGCAGCUGAAGGCGGUUAUUCCGUGCUUCCUAGUACAAGAAGGUUCAGAGAUGUUCAAGACUAACAAGAAAGGCCGGAAUCCAUUGGAGGUUUGCUCACCUGACGUAGCAACCAUCGUCAUGGGCUUCGACAAGGACGGUGGAGGUGUGAAGUUCCAUGGUAGUCUGAAAUCACCUGCUCCCCCAGUGGUGGUUCAGGGCACACAGAGAGGACCUUUGGUGUACCCUACUCCCUUGCGUACUGGCAGUGCCACCCACCACCCACCCACAGCCUCUCUACCAGUUGGAGUUAUGAUCCCUGCUGGAGCCACUGGAGGUGGUAGUGUGGGUGUGGCCAUUGAGCCGUGCUUCCUGUGUGAGGCUCCAGUGGACGUCAAGUUUGAGCCAUGUGGUCACGCUGUCAUGUGUGCAGAAUGUGCACAGAGAGCCAAGAAAUGCCCCACUUGCAAAGCUGCAGUCAAGACUAUCUCCAAGCUGUCCAAGGUUUGUGUGAUGUGUAAUGAAGAGGAGGCCACAGCCACUGUCAAGCCAUGUGAUCACACCUUCUGUCCAGAAUGUGCCCGGAGGAUGAAGACAUGCUUCGAGUGUCGAGUGCUUAUUACUGCAAAAGAGGGACUACCCCCCGUCUCGGCCACCAGUGUCCAUCCGCUGGCCAACCCUGACUCUGAAUCUAAUUGUCCUAUUUGUCUGACAGAGCCUAAGAACACGGCCUUCCUCUGUGGACACCAGACAUGCUGGGACUGUGCACAGAAGGUCGACCAUUGCCCAGUGUGCAGGAAGUUUGUGACUCACAGAAUUCAGUUGUUCCAGUGACAAUUUAGUAUUUAUUUCGUUUCUUUCUUUUCUGACUUUGUAUAUCUUAUGCAGACUGUUUUGAUUUUAUGGGCUCCGUUUUAAUUGGUUUGUACACGUGCAGUGAACAUUAGACAACUUUUGUGUGUAGUGUUAAUUGUUGUUUCGUUAUUUAUGUCAAUUAUUAGUUACCAUGUUUAAUUGUAUACUCUUUUGAUAA